AUGCCGGGGAUGUGCUCUGUGCCGGGCUGUAAGGGGUACAAGAAGGCCAGGUCCCGGGGAGUCGUGUUCCACUCUCUGCCUACAAGAGACCCGGAGCGAUGCAGAAAGUGGUUAAAGGCCAUACAAAACCCCAAAUUUGACGAAAACACACCAGUCGGUAAAUACGGCAACAUACGAGUGUGUAGCCAGCAUUUUAAACCGGAAGAUUACGAACCGGACAUUCAGGCAGAACUUAUGAAAACAACGCCCCGAAAAAUCCUCAAGUCAAACGUAAUCCCGUCUGUUUUCUCUGGAAGACAGCAAGAGGACCUCAGCACGUCUCUGUCUGCAGGUGACAGCGGCAAAACAGAGCCGAAGGCUCCCAGUACAGCUGCUCAAGCCUCGACCUCAGUGAGUUCAGGUUCCAGCGCUGAUGUUGUGUUGCGAUGGCCCUCCGUCUUGACUUCAGCUUCCUCCUUGAAUGUUCAAGGCACUGGUGUGGAUGCAUCACUUUCUCCCUCCAUACUAAUUCCUAUUUCCUCAGGAGCUCCAAGCACCUUAUCCCAGUCCCCUCCACCAGCUGAACCCUGUGGAAGUGUACGCAGCAUUGCUUCUGUGGAUCGUCUGAAUGAGAGCUUCCACCAAGAGGCCAAAUUAAAAACGACAACAGCAUCAAAAUCAGACACGAACACAGAAAAAGACUUGAGUCAGUCAAAGACUAUUGUGAAUGACAGCUGUUUGAUGGAGCUGUUCAAGAAGUGUCAGACAUGUGGACAGACCAUAACCAAAAAGAGAGUGUCUCACUGCGGUGCACAGAAGAAGGUGAGGUGGAGCUGCCUUGGUGGACACAGGGGCAUAUGGAUGUCUUCGCCUCAUCUUUGGGAAGCGUUUCCUGAAAUCCACCUUCUUACAGCUCUUGCCAUUCUUUUCUCUGGAGGCACCUUCACAUAUUUUAAAAAAUGGGCUCAACAUCUGCACCUGAAUUUUAUGGGGAAUAAAACCUUUUUUGACAUUCAAAAGGCGUACCUCAACUCGGAAAAGAAACAAUUGCUCAGGACUGAGCAGGACGGGAUCUGUGUGAAGGGGGUCCACCAACAACUGGAGGUGACGCCGUUUCACGCUUCAGAUCCUCUGAAGAGAAUCAAGACCAAGUCGAGGGGAAGAGAGAAAGGAGCUCUGCCAUCGUGGUCAAGGUAUGAAAUCCAUAGUGGAGAGUCCAUCCAAGAGCCCACUGCACCAUCAAGUCUGAGACAUGUAUCAGCCUCUGAAAGAGGGAAACAGCACCAGCGAGAUGAUGUUAAACACCAGACUGUAACUCCAGAUUCGGCGACAGAGGUGGACGGACUCCAGGGCAGUUUCGAGGAGAUGGAGGUCACAAUUGAUGAGGAUGAUUGCAACAGUGUGAACACCAGAUUAUCUGACUUGGAUGAUGAUAUGGAAAAUGUCACAGAUUCAACUGAACUGACAUCUGCAGGAGCAGAUAACAGCUGUGAUGAAGAAGUCUACGUACCACUAAUGCCUCAGAGGUCCACAGCAUCUGAACUUCUACUGGAAUGUGAAGAGGAGGAGCUGGAGCCAUGGCAGAAACAAACGUCACAACUUCGAACUUCACAUGCUCAUUUGAAAGAUGAGGAUGGCAUUGGGGAGUUGACUGUAGAUUGUAAGCCAGAGCCUUCACCUCUUCAGAUAGAUGCAGUGAAUUCUUCACCACCUGUGCUGAAAACAGAAAGCCCACAGCCUGAUGUCUUCAACAACCAAGAAUUCACUGCAGCUUCUCCACAAUUAACGAGCAACACUGAGUUCACUGGCUCUCUCGGGACACAGCGUCCUCCUGGGAAUUCAUUUGCAAUAGUUCCAGCUGGUCACCAGCACAUUUUCCAAAAUGUGGCUACAGCCACAGUAACACCUGAGGUGCAGCAAAUCAGCAACAACCCUGUGUCCUUACCCUGUGUCCAGGGUCCUGCAGUGUAUGCAACAUCACCUAACCACCUGCAGUCUGAGCAGUCCAACUCACAAACCAUCUCUGUAGCUCUUCCUCUACCUUGCUUUACUGUACUUGAACUUGAAUCAACUGGUUCAUCAAAGACGUGAUAACUUUAACAUUUAAGUGUAACAGUGUGGGUUAUCAUCAUGGGUUAGUUCAGUAAGUUGUCUCACAUAACUGUCCUAUCAGUUGCACAAAUGAAUAAGAUACAAAUGAUCUGCAUAUAUAAGCUCCUGUGAGUCUGUUGGCUCCUCUAACAUGGCCACAGUUUGCACACAGCACCUGUUACCUCUUUUUCCAAGGCCAAAUACAGAAAAUGAUGACAGCCUGUUGGUGACAUUCCCCUUUGAUUGUACAAGUUUUAUUGUAUUAUUAUGUUCAUUAAAAUAAAUUCUUAUUUCUC